GAGGGAACUCGUUCUAAACACAAACUCGCGUGCAUUGCGAUGCUAUGCUAGCAUAACAAAGUUUUACUCUGCGUUCAUUCAGUACAGAGCGGAGAUCGUGACGGACGGAGGUGUUUAUGUCUGUACCAGUCAACCAUCAGUUGGAAUCACUUCGAUUUGCGAAACGAUGCAACAAUGGCUCAAAAUAUCGUUGAUGCUCUGCACCUUCGGUUUCCUCAAGGAAAUCCGACCUAGCGAACCGUUCAUUGUAGAUUACCUGGCGGGACCAUGGCGCAAUCUCACUAUGACACAGGUCAUCCAAGAAGCAUUUCCGAUCGGAACGUACUCAUACUUGGCCCAGCUGGUGAUCAUAUUCCUGAUAACGGACAUGCUUCGCUACAAACCGCUGAUCAUAGUGAACGGUCUGGCCGGGGUCAUCGUUUGGAGCAUGCUGCUGUGGACGACGUCGCUGCAAGCUCUCAAAAUUCUGGAGAUAUUCUACGGUACUUAUUGUGCAGCUGAAAUCGCGUACUUCAGCUACAUCUACGCCAAAGUCGACAGGGAGCACUACCAGAAGGUGACAUCGCAUACCCGUGCAGCAAUCUACAGCGGUAGAUUCUUCGCCGGGGUCCUAGCGCAAAUUCUGGUGUACUUCAACGCUAUGGAUUACAAAGAGCUUAAUUAUCUCUCAGUGACGGCGCAAAUCUGUGCAACAUUGUGGGCCCUGUUUUUACCAUCAGUGAAGACGAGCAUGUAUUUUCAUCGGGCAUCUCUGCCACCGAUAUUGGGGAACGGAGCGGAUGAGAACCUCAACGGAAACGAUAGCUCCAGUGAGAAAAUAUCUACGACAUCUCCAUCGCUCCGGAGAAAAAUGAUAUCCGCAUUCAGGUUGAUCUGGGUACACUUUAAGACAUCGUUUACGAAUCUCACCGUUCUGCAGUGGAGCAUCUGGUAUGCCCUGGCUAUGGCUGGCUACAUCCAAACCAUCGCUUACAUCCAAGCACUGUGGAGUGAAGUCGAUCCCACCCAGGAGGCAAUCUGGAAUGGGGCUGUCGAGGCUACCCUAACUCUGCUAGGAGCUGUAGUAUCCCUGUUAGCCGGCUACAUACACAGCGGUUUCUUACAGCCAAGAAGCAGCCUAUUUGCCCUCUCCGUGUUGUCCGUCGGACAAGGUGGUGCAAUCUUGUUAGCAACAAUGACCAAUAGUCUCAUCACGUCCUACAUUGGUUACAUUGUAUUCGGGGUAUUGUAUGCCUUCACCAUUACGGUUGUUAGUGCCGAAAUAGCGAAAAAUAUCUCGGAUGAUAGCUUUGGGCUGGUAUUUGGAUUCAAUACUCUGAUAGCGUUAUCACUGCAAACGCUGCUGACCUUUGCCGUGACAGAUGCAGACGGUUGGUUCGCUCUAGAUGUGAUAGGACAAUUCACCGUUUACGGUUAUUACUUUGUCGCUCUCAGCGUUAUCUAUCUGAUAUUCUUGAUAGGUGAGAUUUUGAACAGCGUUUGUAGCACGAAGCUGUGAAGCUCUUAGGUAGUUUAUUAGUAGACAUUCAAACACUGUACUAUAAACUCUAGAAAUGAUGUAGAGAAGAAAACCGUAGACUGAUUUACAAUAGUACAAUAGACUGAAUUUCCCUGAGUUACUUACUAUGCAAUGCUUUCGAAGAAAUUCGAAGUAAAAAUAAAGAUUAUUAUGGAGAAUAGUA